AUGGCAAGCUCAGCUGCAGGAACUUCAUUGGGAAGCGAGUACCAAGUGUUCCUGAGCUUCAGAGGACCCGACACUCGCGAGGGAUUCACCGAUGUCCUCUUCCAUAACCUGACUGAUGCUGGAAUCUGCAUAUUCCGAGAUGACGAAGAGCUCCGUGUCGGUGAAAGGAUCGAUGGAUUGCUUCAGCAAGCCAUUGACAACUCUAAGAUCUACAUACCCGUCUUCUCUCGGACCUACGCUGCGAGCCAAUGGUGCCUCCGUGAGCUUGCACAGAUCGUGGAAAACACCUCUAGAUCGGAAGGUAAUAAAGAGAUCUUACCGAUUUUCGUCGAUGUGGAACCUGAUGAUGUUAAGCUGAAAACUCCGUUGUAUCACAAUGCCAUACUCACUCUUAAGCUCAAUAAGAAGUUGAGCAAUGAGCAAGUGGAUGCGUGUAGAAUGGCUCUCAAGGAGGUUGGUGCAAUAAAGGGGCGGGAAGUGAAGAACCAUUGGUGCCUCUGCGAGCUCGCACAUAUCGUGGCAAACACCUCCAAAUCAGAAGGUAAUAAAGAGAUUCUACCCAUUUUCUUCGACGUGGAACCUGACGAUGUUAAGUUGAAAACCCGGAUGUAUCGUGAUGCCAUAAAUAAGCUGAAGCGCAAGAAGAAUUUCAGCAGUGAGCUAGUAGAUGGGUGGAGAGAGGCUCUCAUGGAGGUUGAUGAGAUAAAGGGAUGGGAAAUGAAGAAGUAUGGCAGCUUCGACAAACUAAUCAAAUUGGUAGUUGAGAAGGUCAUGGAAAAGUUGCAGACUAUACAUAGACGGGUGACUGACCAUUUAGUUGGGAUUGAUGGUCAAGUAAGAGCAGUAAGCAAAUUAUUAGACGUCAACUCCAAUGAUGUGCGACUCAUUAUGAUUCAUGGUAUGAGGGGUAUUGGUAAAACGACUCUCUCCAGGGUUGUUUUCAACCAACUCUCUUCUCAUUUUGGAAAGAGUUGUUUCCUUGAAUGUGUUCGAGCAAAGUCAUCAAGUUAUGAUGGCUUAAUUGAGUUGCAAAAAAAGUUGUUAGCCGCAAUCGGCAAUCCCUUAGGAAAACGGAAAAAUGAUGACAAAAGUUACGAAAUUAAGAGGACCGGAGAAACACUUCACAAUAAAAAAGUACUCAUUGUACUUGAUGAUGUCGAUGACGGAGAACAAGUGAAGAAAUUAAUUGGAAACAAUACUUUGUAUUCAGGAUCUAGAAUAAUGAUUACAACUAGAAAUAGAGAUGUUUUGCGAAUUGAUGCGCCAAAGUAUCAAAUUUUAGAUUAUGAAAUGGAGGUAAUGAGCACUGAUGGUGCGCUUAAGCUUUUCAUUGGGCAUGCAUUUAAAGGAGACUCUGCUUCAGAUGAUUACAGUUAUCUCUCAAGGGAAAUUGUAUCUGUUAUUGGGAGCAAUCCCUUGGCUCUUGAAGUAAUUGGUGCGUUACUCUACCGCAAAACGCAAGAACAAUGGAUAGAGACAUUGAAGAAGCUAAGAAAAACACCUCAUAAGGAUGCUUUUGGAAUGUUGAAGAUUAGCUAUGAUGCCUUAACUUUUGAGCAACAACAAAUUUUUCUUGAUAUUGCAUGUUUUUUCGUUGGUGAGGAAAAGACAAAUGCAAUUUAUAUGUGGAAAGAUUGUAAGUUCUUCCCGGAUUCUGGAGUUGCUGUCCUCAUCAGCAUGUCUCUGAUGAAGAUUGUGGGCAAUAAGUUUUGGAUGCAUGAUCAACUUAGAGAUCUUGGAAGGGAAAUUGUUCGUCAAGAAAAUACAAUCAAUCCUGCAAAGCGGAGUAGGAUAUGGAAUUACAAGGAGGUCCUUGAUGCAAUAAGAGUAGAGGAGAUGAACAAGAACGUUCGAGCUCUAUAUCUUGAUACAUAUCAACUAAGUUCCCAGGAUGAAGUUUUUCGAAGUAAUGAGAUUGGAAGGUUUGAACAUCUAAGGUUCCUUACUUUAACCGGAGGAACCUUUGUUGGCGACUUAGCGAAUUGUCUUACUGAAUUAAGAUGGAUUUCUUGGAAUCAUACUCGACAAAUCUACGAAUGGACCAACAUGUACCUGAAGAAUGUAGUCAUUCUUGAAUUUUCAGACAUUGGCUCCUUAGAUGAUUCGAGGUUACAAAACUUAAUCAAGGCAAGAAAAUUGAAAGUUAUUUCUCUCAAAAGUUGUCACAGCAUAAAGCAAACGCCAGACUUCUCCGAAUGCCCAAAUAUAGAGAGGCUUACUUUCGUAGAUUGUUCCAACUUGAGGAAAAUUGACGGCUCUAUUGGGAAGUUAAGGUGUCUGAUUUACCUGAAAAUUGAUAGGUGCUUUCAUCUUGAAGAUUUGCCUGAAGAAAUCGGCGACCUAGAGAAUCUGAAGCACUUCUUUGUAACGUGUAAUGUGAAGAAACUCCCAGAUUCAGUAUGCCAGUUGAAAUCAUUGAGUGAGGUGCACUUUUCAAGUGGGUGUGAUAAUUAGAUUCAACAAAUUCAUGGGAGUUACCUAGUUCUAUUUGAACGCUUCAAAAUUUCGAAGUGCUUCUAGCCAAAAGUCGCUAUUUACAUGGUCAACUUCUAUUUGGAAUCAAAACUUUUUCCUUUCUAACAA